UGAAAAUGGAAAGAAAGAAACUUCUUUGACAUCUUGUUCAACAGAAAGCACUCAAAGAGAAAGCAAUGAAGAAGAGAUUCUACAACGAUCUGAGUUAUUCCAAGCUUACAAUUUAGGAGUUGCUAAAAUCCCAAAAGAUGAAACAGAUGAAGCUUUGUAUUAUCGUUCAGUUAAAGACGCUAAGAUAAUGCCAAUAAAAAGAAUAGUAAAUUCAUUAAAGAAAUCGGCGAUUAAUUUACAGUAUUAUGGUCUGGACUGUGCACAAAUGAAACCUCUAACAGAAACAUUAAUGGACAACAAUUACGUAAAGGAACUUAAUCUGAAGAAUAAUAUUCUUAACUUGGAUGCCAUGUAUCACCUCAAGUUGUUGUUGAAGAGGAAUAUUAAUCUUACAACAUUGAAUUUGAGUCAGUGCAAGAUAACUGCCGAGGGUAUCGAAAUGCUCGGAGUUGGACUAGAGAUUUGCCCUCGGCUCUCGCACGUCGACCUGAGUUACAACGAGUUCGGCGACCGAGGGAUGGAAGUGUUGGCUGGCAAACUGUGUUACAACACUUCUAUCACACACUUGAACGUGAGUCAUAACCAUCUUACUCAUCUGAGUGGGAUGUACCUGGCUGAGGCCAUGGAGGAGAACUACACUCUAGAACAUCUGGACUUGUCAUGGAACCAGAUAUCGGAGGAACAAGGACUAAAGAAGUUUUUGUACUCCGCUGUUGAACACAAUGAAAGCAUUUUAUCACUUGAUCUAUCUUGGAACACACUCUCCGGAGAAAAAGUAGCGAAUGUCUUGAAAACGUUUAUCGGACAACACAAAACGAUUGAGGAGUUGAAUUUAUCUCAUAACAGGUUCGAAAAUGGGGCAGAACUUGCAAAAAUAGCCAAAGGCAUCAAUACAGCUCAAAAUCUGAAACUGCUUGACUUGAGUUUCAACGGGAUGACAGCCGAUACAGCUUUCAUUCUUCUUACAAACUUGAGUACGAAGGCAAAACUAGAAACUCUUAGACUGGACAACGUAUGGGUGAAGCCGGAAUUUGAAAAGCUGAGGAAGGAGCUACCAAUACAAGUGAUUACAGAAGGAGUGUCCGGAGGGUUUGGUGCAAAGUCCCCUGACAUGCAGACCUUGCUGUUGAAGAGGGCCCACAACCUCGGAAAUCUACCCAAGAAACCCAAGAACAAAAAAGACUUUGGCUGGUUUCUUUUGAGGUUGCAAAACACUGGAGAUAUUGGGCCUGUUAAAAAAUCCAAAUUUGAAAAGUUGGUUGUCGAAGAUAAAAUUAAGUUUGACGAAGGAAUGGUCAACGAGUUAGCAAAAAGGUUUAGAGACGAUAAUAAAAAGGUUGAUCUGAAUCUCAUGCUUGAAAAAUAUUUGGAGUUGUACCCAAACACUACGCUCCCUGUGAUUAAGGAAAGUAAGAAAAAGAAAGCCGCAAAUGAGAAUAAAAAGAAAAAAAUGACUGAUCAAGGAAAUAUUGAGGACAAUUUAGAAAAUGAAAUACAAGAGGCUGUGGAAACUGUCGAAGAAAUCAAAGAGAGUAAUCUAGAAAUCACAGAUAAUAUCAAUACUUCAAGUCAAAAUGAAAUUUACGAAUUUGAAAAGAGUGAUCAAGAAAUCGUAGAUAAUAUUGAUAGAUCAAAACAAGAUGAAAUGGAGGAGAAAGGAUACUCUCUAAAUGAAAUGUCUUUAGCAGAAGAACAAGGAAGUGAAGAGAAAAAACUCAAAUCAAAAAUAGAGGAAGACUUGACAUUAGAACUCAUUGAAACAGAAAACCAAAUCGUACAAUCUGAUAUCGUUGAGACGGAACAAACAGCUUUGGAGAACGCUGUAGAUGAAGGUGUAACUGAAAUUGAUGAACACAAAGGUGAAAUAAGUGAAGAAAAUACUGUGGAAAUAAGUGAAGAAAAUACUGUGGAAAUAAGUGAAGAAAAAGAACUCGAUACAGAACCAUUAAAGGAAACUGAGAGUGAAGUACAAAAAUGGAGAGUGGUUCGUACUUCGUAAAUUAAAAAGUUAUUGACAGAUGUCUUAAUACCAUACUUAAAUUUUAAGAAUAAUAUUUACACUUUCGUUAAGUCAAAGCAGUACAAAUUAUGUUUAGGUUUGUAAAAUAUUGAAAACUAAAAAUCAAUAAUUUAU